UAUUAUGAUUCCAAGUAAUCAGAAUUAAGAGGCAUAUGAAUAAUUCAAGGUUUUCUUUUUCAAGAGCACUUGUAGCUCUUUUAAUAUGUUUUUUAAUUACCAAAACAGGAAGCAUUUGGGGCUUUCCUGACAUUUGCAUACAAUUAUUAUUAUGCUAUACAGCAAGUUAGGCAAGUUUUUUUUUUUUCUCUCCCCUGCUUGUUUUCAAAUGCUGUGUCCUGGUUUGACAACUCGUGAUGGAACAAAUUAUUGGCUGUGUAGAUGUGCAGAAUCAUGGUGUCUGUCUGUAUGACUAAAGAGUGGUGAGAGUUGAAUGGGCCAUGAGACUGAAAGAUGGGGAAAAAGGCGUGAAAAGCCUUCAUUGCAGCUGCAUGGGGUAAUGCAAAGAAGUAAAGAAGGACCUUGCUUUUCUUAAAUCUUUUUUUUUCUUCUUUAUUUUUACAUCCUAAAGAACUUGAUCAAGGACACAUGAACUCACAAGAAUUCACAGGAGCUCUGCAGAAGAAAAUUGAAUUGAAAUCCCACACUCCAUUUUGAAUAUUAUCUGUUAAGAAGAAAUUCUCCUGAAAUGAGCACAACAACUGAUCCCCGAGAUGCAAACACAGAGACGGAUCGAUGUAGAAGCACCAGUGCUGAGCUUGAGCGUCCAAACUUGACAGGGGAUGUGACCACAGGGGAGGAUUUAUGGGGAAAUAUCAGCCCUGCCUGGAAUCGUCCAAUGAGACAUGCAGAACGUCCCUUAAAGAAAGAAAGAAGUCCUGGACUGAAUCGUUUAAGAAGUAUGAAUCUCAAACAGGACGGCAGAGAUUGUGUGAGGAUAGUGCUGGUGGGGAAGACUGGUGUAGGGAAGAGUGCCACAGGAAACACCAUACUGGGGAAAGAGGCGUUUACCGCCAAGGCUCAAAGUAGCUCUGUGACAAAGAAAUGCCAGAAAGAGACAGGGACUGUACUGGGAAGACGGGUAGCUGUGAUUGACACUCCAGGCCUCUAUGAUACCACCCAGUCUGCUGAAGACACCCAGCAGGAGAUCAUUAAAUGCAUGUGGUUGGCAUCUCCUGGACCUCACGUGUUCCUCUUGGUGAUAUCAGUGGGACGCUUCACGCAAGAGGAGAAAGAAACACUCAGGCUGAUCAAAAUGACCUUUGGUGACAAAGCUGAGAAGUACACAAUGGUCCUCUUCACCAGAGCUGAUGACCUUGGUGAUCAGUCCAUUGAAGAAUACAUAGCAAAUGGUGAUCCUGAGGUCAAGAAGCUGACUGAGGACUGUGGAGGCAGGUACCAUGUCUUCAGUAACCGAGAAAAGAGGGACAGUUGCCAGGUCAUUGACCUGUUUAAAAAGAUAGAAAUGAUGAACUGGGAUAAUGGAGGAAGCUGCUAUACUCAUGAGAUGUUCCUGGAGGCAGAAAUUGUAAUGAUACGAAUGCAGAUGUGGAAAGCGAAAGAGGAGGAGGUGAGAGACCUUCAGAUGUUACAGGCUAAGUACAAGUCAGAAAAUGAAGCCUUAAAAAGGGAAAAGCAGGAAAAUGACAGAAGGUUGGAAGGAGCACAGAGGGAGAAGGAAGGGGAAAACCAGGCAAGGGCAGAAAGAGAGGUUCUGGUGAGGAGACUGGAAGAUUUAGAGGAAUGGUUCAAGAAUGAAAAGACACAGUCAGAGGACAAGCAGCAAGCAGAAGAGUUCAUAAAGAAAUACGUGCCAAAAAAGACAAAACAGUGUGUCAUACUUUGAGCUGUUAAGAGCUCCCAUUUU